GAGGGGGAGUUGCUGCAAGGCCCCUCCCAAGCCAACAGGAUGCAGAAAAUAGAAGGAUCAUUCUGCCCCUCUGCCUCGUUCUCUCUCUCUCUCUCUCUCUCUCUUUCGUCCCUUGCUACCUGAUGACGCAGCACAAAUCGACUGGCAGCGCACAACAGGAUGGGUGACUUUAAAAAUGGCUUCAUGAGGUCACCCUCUGAAACUUCUGCUGCAAGCCUCCAGCUGAAGACAGAAUCGAACUGGCCUGUUUCUCACAGACAGGGCAAUUGAGUGCCAUUGCCAUGUUAGAAAUAUAUCUAAUAGAAACAGUGAGGAACUACAAAGAUUGCCUUUUCUGUCAGGAUAGAGCUAGUUGACAACAAGAUAUGCUACUCAACUUUCACCAUCUGCUAUGGUGGGAUUUGAAUCGAUGUGUGCAAAACAUUCAUCUGGGUUGCUGGAUUUUUGACAAUACUGCUGUACUAGCACAUCCCUGUCAUGGAUCCUGGUCCCAAAUAAAAAUCUUUUUAGAUGCCGAGUGAUCUCUGGAACCUGUUUUAACAGAUUGUAUUAAUAUUCGGAACUUUAAUGAGACCAGUGGGUUAAAGACCAACACCUUUCUGUCACCAACAUGCAGGUAACAUCUUCAGUGCUGUCUAGCCUCCGUUGAAGCUGUUCUGUUUUGGAUUUGUAUGGUCUGGUGUAUUAUGGACACUAACAGAGGAGACACUAGCCACAUUGGUAGACAAAUCAGAAAACACAGACCUCCAAUGAAACCAUCAGCAAGGACAAUAUGCUGAAGUUACUAGACCUAUGCAUUACCAUGCACUUUGUCUUCAACAGCGAGGUAUAUGAACAAAUUAACAGGACACCCAUGUGUUCAACCAGCUUUGGUCUUACAGCAGAAGCAGUUACGCAUGACUUGAACACAGCCGUCCUCCAGAUCCAGCCUAAACUGUGGGUCAGGUUAAAAGCUGCUGCAAGAACUGACUCCAUAAAUGACUUCCAUGAUGGUGUAAAAUGCGGUGAGAUGUUAUCUAUAAGCAUUAACAGCAGACCUUUAAGAGCUGUUUUCAUCCUAUAAUCUGCCUCUUGACUCCAUGAUGAUCCAUGCAUAUCAUACUUUCAUCACUGGAAGUAGUUCUUUAGUGUAUUCAGAUGAUACAGCAAUGACGAGGUGUGUGGCACAGUCGCUGAUAUCAAAACAAGACUUUGAUGAAAUGGAUAUGGCUAAAAGGUUUGCUGAAGAAUACAAAGAACAGCCGAACCGUGGGUAUGGAAAUGGUGUCAUUCGCGUAUUUAAGAAACUUCUAAAUCCAAACUGUAAUGAUAUCUUUAAACCAGCAAGGGAACAGUUUAAAGGAAAAGGUUCAUAUGGAAAUGGAGGUGCCAUGAGGAUCGCCCCAAUUGCUCUGGCGUAUCCAGAUAUUCAGGAUGUUAAAAAGUUUGCGAAGAAAAAUGCUGAAGUGACGCAUGCUUCCUCACUGGGUUACAAUGGUGCUAUCUUGCAAGCCCUUGCUGUUCGCCAUGCUCUAGAGGGGGAGUUACAGAAGGACAAGUAUUUGGAUUACCUCAUUGAAGAAAUGCAGUUGCUUGAGAAUGAAGAAAAAUCUCUAUCUGAUGCAAGAGACUUUCAAGAGUUCCCUUACUGCAGUAGACUAAAGAAAAUGAAAGCAUUUUUAUCCCGAAGAGAUGUUUCAAAGGAAGAGGUAGUUAAUGAAUUGGGGAACGGAAUAGCUGCUUUUGAAUCUGUGCCAACUGCUAUAUAUUCCUUUUUGCGAUGCAUGGACCCUGAUCCUGAAAUUCCAGAAAAGUACAAUGGACUUGAAAGGACAAUAAUCUACAGCAUUUCACUGGGUGGAGACACUGAUACGAUUGCUACUAUGGCUGGAGCAAUUGCUGGGGCUUAUUAUGGAAAAGAGCGUAUCCCACACUCUUGGUGGAAGAGCUGUGAAGCCUAUAAAGAUACAGAUUAUUUUGGGGAGAAACUGCGUGACUUCUACAGCAGUCACCUCAUGUCCUCUCUAAAAACAGGAUAAAGUAAAUUGACUGGAAACAUGUUUCAUUGCAGAAAACGUGAAUAACAAAAUUGAAAAUAUAGUCAUGACAAAACAGGUCACUUGAAUUCAGUUAAUUCUUGAAACCUUCUCUGUUUUUGAGUUAUCAGAAUUGUUUGGCUGUUUCACAUUGUCGCUGUUUUUAAACUUUUAAAUCGUUUUAAUGCUGAACUGUAAAGAAGCUUCAGUCGUAAUUGUUUAAUGUCUCACCUGAUUCAACCACAAGCACCUAGAGUGAAGAGUAAAUUUAAUAGUACCGUCUUUUUUGUUAUUUAAACAGCAUGCCUCCGUCUUAUCAAAUUAAGGAUGUGAUGAAUAUUGGUAGCUUUCCUCUACUUAUGCCUUCAGUCAUGCAACUGUUCAACAUUUUCAAGGAUAAAUUCACAAAUGUACUAUCUUUAUUUAAAAUCUGUAUAGUCUGUAUUUCGGGUUUGUUGCGUAACAGAGAAUAUGAUGACUCCGUAGCUGAAUCUGAUUAUCUUUCCAAAAUGUUGCUAGCUGCUUGCUGGUUUCAUGUAGCUAUUCUGGAGUUAGGUGUGACCUGAACACUCCUAGCUGAGGAAAUGCAUUUUCUUCCAGAUCUCUUUGCUGAUAUGAAGUUAGACAUAAAAUUAACAUUAUGUAGCAUUGCUUUGUAUCAUCCAUGCUGUGUCACGUGGCAGCUGGAUAUAGGACACCUUGGAUGCUAAAAUGUAACUAAAGUUCCAGUGGACUGUCUGGGAGUGCAGGGCAACCUUUAGCAUAGCUGCUAACACGCUCAAACUGAGCAAAUAGCCCACAAUUCAAUUUCUGUUUAAAAUCAACGGAGAUUUUAUUUUAUCAUUCUGAUAUUUCCAUGUAGGUUGUUAGUGGAUCAUAGAAUCCCUGAAGUGUGGGAGCAGACCAUUUGGCCCAUCGACUCUCCAACACAGCAUCUGACCCUACAUUCCCAUGGCCAAUUCACCCUAACCUACACAUCUUUGGACUGUGGGAGGAAACCCACACAGAUACUGGGAGAACGUACAAACUCCACACAUACGUAUGCCCGAGAGUGGAAUCGAACCUGGGUCUCUGGUGCUGUGAACCACUGUGUCCCACAACCCAUUUUGCAGUGCUGGGAGCCUUUGUUUUCUCCAGAGCUGUGCAUUUUACAAUACCUUCAAGAUUUCUGUUUUUCUCAAAUGUAUCAAUACUGUUAUAAAUUCAGCUUCAAUACAACAACACACAAAGCAAACUACUGUAUUUGCUGGAAAUCUGAAAGGAAACAGAGUGGUACAAGUGUUCAGCAGGCUAGGCAACAACUGUGGGUAGAGUUCAGAUUUCUCAUCAAAACAUUCUUCCAAUGCUAUUUCUAGUACGUAUAUUCACUGCUUCUAGUGUGGGCAUAGGGUUGAGAUUUGGAGUUGGUGAUCCUUGUUUUAAACAUUUUGCAUUUUGAAACAAAAUCUGCUAACUGCUCCCUUCAGGUUUUUAUGAUUUUGUUGCUUGCUGACCAACAUGUUUUUUCUGAUUUUAAUUUAUCAAAGCUGUUCAUUAUCUGAAUUGGCAAGUUACUUUUUCGCUGCUUUCUCUGUUCUGUUGAAAAUGGCCCUGGGUUCCUUAGAUCGGCUCUGUAUUUAAACCAUUCAUCCCUGGCAUCAUUUUAAUAAAUGGUGCUUACACCAUAUCCAGAAUUUGCAUGUUCAAACAAGAACAUGACUUAUACUGCCUAACCUAGAUUAUUAUAGAUUUAGUAAUCCUUCUUGUAUAGUGAGCCUCUUUUUAUAAACCUUAUAAAACAUGCAUGAUUUUUAAUACCUUCCACAGUUUGCACUUUAAAAGUCAAGAAAUCACUGGCUUUGUUGUGGGCUUAAAAUUUCAGGUUAAUUCUGUCAUGCAGGUGAGUAUACAUAUGAUUUACAGCAUCUAAUAUUUUUCUCAGUUCUUAAAAUGAGUAUCGAUGUUAGUUGCAGUACCAGAACAGAACAUGAGUUUAUUGAAGGAAGAAGUACUAGAACAAAGUAAUUUGGGGAAAGAAGUAUUGUGGUUUGCUAGCAUUCAAUAUCUCUUAGAUAUACUUCAGACAAAUGAUCUUAUAAUUGUAAGUAUUAUUUUUUUGCUUUGUUUCCUGCUUCAGAGACUUAAGGACAACAUCUGGGCUAAUACUCCUUUGUUACGAGACUACGCCAACUGUUGUAGAUGGUGCCUUUCAGAAUGAGACAUUAGACUGAGGCUUCAUCUGCCUUCUCAGUUGAGCAAUAAAGAUCCCAAGGCACUAAUUAAACAAGAACAGCACAUUCUCCCCAGUGUCUUGGACAAUUAUUUAUUCUCCCAUCUGGCAACUAUAAAACAGAUUAUCUGGUGAUUACCUUAUUUUUCUGUGUGAUCUUGCCAUAUACAAAAUGGCUGCUGUGUUUCAUACAUUACAACAGUAGCUGCAUUUCAAAAGUACUCCACUGGCUGUAAAGUACUUUGAGAUGUCCCAGGGUCAUGUACAGAGGUAUAUAAAGAUUUUUCUUGAUUGUAAAUACUUAAGGCAAUUUGUUUGCCUAAAAAGGCUUGAUGGUCUGAAAUUAUUUCUGUAUAAAGUUGAGACUAGUAGGGUGAUGAGAAUAGAUGUCUGUCUAGCUUAGUGACAUUGUCUACUUUGUGUUUAAGUUCUUAAAAUGUAGGAGAGUGCAUCUCCAAUGAACAGCAACUCAAAACUGGAUUUUUAAUAAUAAAAUGCAUUUCUAAUGUAUUUGAUCAUUUGUGAUACUGAGUCUCUAGAAGACGUUCUUCAUGCUAACUUUACAUAACGUAGUCCCAUGCUAAGGAAAUGUUAUUGGUUUCACCUGGAAGUGUUUCAGAGUAAUAAAAUUUGGUUUUUUUCAUGUU